GUUGAGCCAGUAACCGAAAGGUUGCUGGAUUGAAUCCUCGAGCUGACAAGGUAAAAAUCUGUCGUUCUGCCCCUGAACAAGGCAGUUAACCCACUGUUCGCCGUCAAUGUAAAUAAGAAUUUGAUCUUAACUGACUUGCCUAGUUAAAUAAAGGUUAAUAAUGUUUUAAGCAAAGGAUAAGGGGGUUGUACUCCAGUAUAGUACGUAGCGGUAAUGUAACAUCUAGUGGAUGCCAAACGCCGUUAAACCUCAUCGAGGAAGAAAAAGAAGCGUUUGAAAUUGUUGAUCUGAGCUCCCAAUCGGUCAUUUGGCUAGUGCUGUCUGGAUCGGGGAUUGAUUAAUUCUGUCUGACGCAAGCAGGGAACUCAGGAAAUGUUUCAAACUCGAUUCGAUUGUAGGGAUUUUCUACAGUAAAGCAAAUGUCAUUCGGUCGAUAGGCUACAAAAAAGUAAAUAUGUCGCGGUUAUUUUACUCGCCAUUCAAGCGUUUUUGUGUCAAGUGUAAAGAUUGUUCUGCGGUGACCGCCCGCUGCUAUUCCUCUUUGUUGACUCUAACUCGGUUCCCCCAGCUGUUAAAACAACAGACAUUUGUCGUGUUACAACAACAGCAGAGAAAAUGUUUCGGACCUUCACGUCUAAUAACUUCUCGGUUUUACUCAAGGUCAAAGUUUUGGAUUGGGGGAAUAGGUGCGGGCAUUGUUUUAGCUUUGGGAUUGAAAUAUCAUACUGACAUAGCUGAGCUCACAUGUGAAGAGGACUUCCAAAACACUGGAAGAUAUGCUGCUGCCAUUCAAGUUAGCAGAGACCUUGUUCAGCGGAUAAAGGUACAGGAUGAGGUUGGGGCUCCAGGGCUGGUGGUCGGUGUAUCUGUGGAUGGCUCUCAAGUCUGGUGCGAAGGACUUGGCUAUGCUGACUUGGAGAACCGUGUGCCCUGUGGACCAGAGACAGUGCUGAGGAUCGCCAGCAUCAGUAAACCCCUAACAACAGCAGCAGCAGCCCGCCUGUGGGAGGAGGGGAAGCUUGACCUCGAUGCCCCUGUCCAGAAAUACGUCCCUGAGUUCCCCCAAAAACAGUUUGAGGGAGAAGAUGUGACAAUAACUCCACGGUUGAUUCUCUCUCAUCUAAGUGGCAUACGGCACUACGAGAAGGAUGCCAAGAAAGUGAGGCAGGACAGGGAGAAGGCCAAACAACCUUUAAAACUGCCUGGUAAAGAGGAAAAGAGCUUGUCUGAAAACAACCCCAAGACCGAGGACAGCAGCACCAAGAGCAAGGAAAACAAACGGGCUCAGAAGAAAAAAGAGUUUGAGCAAGAAGAGUACUACCUGAAAGACAGCUAUGAAAGUGUCAUUCAUGCCUUGGACCUGUUCAAAGACGACAUUCUCGUUUUCAAACCUGGCACCACCUUCUUGUACUCAACCCACGCCUUCACCCUUCUCAGUGCCGUGGUGGAGAGAGCUGCUGGCCAGCGCUUCCUGGAUCACAUGAUGAAGAUGUUCAGGGAACUGGGCAUGCUCAACACUGUGCCAGAUGAGAAUGACCCCAUUAUCUAUAACCGCUCAAGGUUUUAUCAUUUCAAUAAGAAAGGACGCAUAGUAAACUGCCCUUACGUGGAUAACUCCUAUAAGUGGGCAGGAGGUGGCUUUCUCUCCACUGUGGGAGACCUGCUCCUGUUUGGGAAUGCUCUGCUCUUCAGCUACCAAGUGGCCAACCUAAAGGACUGCAGAGACCUCCUGCCUGGCUUCCUUAAACCAGAGACAGCCCGGGCUCUGUGGGCCCCUGUGGACAAGACAGAGGCCUCCUGGGAUAAGGAUGGGCUGUAUGCACAGGGCUGGCUGGUGGUGGAGAAGGAACAGAAGUAUGGCCAGUGCAGGAGCCGCAGGCAUUAUGUCUCGCACACAGGGGGUGCCGUGGGGGCCAGCAGUGUCCUGCUGGUUUUGCCCAGCGAGACAGUCCAGCAGCCCGAAGGACUGACUACAGCCCUACCUCAGGGAAUAGUGGUGACCAUCAUCACUAACAUGCAGUCUGUGGGACUCAACAGCACAGCACUGAAAAUCGCCCACGAGUUUGAUAAAGCCAGAGGCUAAUGAGAGUUUAUAGUGUUUACAAAUAUAGGUUAAAACCACCACAAAGUAUCAAUGCACUACAAUAUCUUUUCCAAAGUCAGUGGAUGAAUGAUUUAUCAAACUCGCAUUUGUAUAUUUGAAUUUGAUACUGCUUUUUAUAAAUUUUGGCCUGUUUUGUUGAGUAAUAAAAUACAUUGUUCGACAUGGGUGUGCAUUAAAUAAAUAUUAAGUCAUUA